GCAGGGACCACUCUCAGCAGAAAGCAAGAUCAGUGUCUGAAGCAGAAGGCAGAACCACCAUCAAGUCCCUGCAAAUGACAGCACCUCUAGAGGCAGGCCAAGAUAGUCACAGUUAGGAAGAGUGCUUGGUUGCAGAAGAGGAUUCCUUGUGAGGAGGGUCCUUUUCAUGAGGAGGACUCUAUGGAAACCUCUAAAGGGCUUCAGCUGGGCCCAUGGUGAGGUUCUGGUAGCUCUGGCCUAAAAGCCUCAAUGUGAGGCUGAGAGAGCUACUGGAACAACAUCUUGCUGCCAGCACUGUGUUCUGCUUGCCUGGACCUUGGUUUUCCCCUCAACUUGCAUUUCCCCCGAGUCCCUGCUUGACCUAAACCUCCCACAAACUGGUCCUCAACUUGCCUCUUGAACCCCUGUUAGAACCACUUGGGCCUUGGGUUGGCUUUGGACUUCGCUGCUCUCUGUGCCUAUGAUAGCCUUCGUUAUAUGGAAGGUUAUCUGGGAUCAUGCUAGGAUAGGAAACUCACUUCCAGGGAAGUUCCUUUCUCCAUUCCUUCCCCCUGCCCUCACAGCUCUUGUGGAGAUGUAGGCUAUGGUUGGAAUGUACAUAGAUGAACCUCAGACUUGUUCACCGACCCCCACCCACUCUGGUAUGGUAGUGGGGAGGAGACUGGAAGCUUUUACUUCUAACUAGUUCAACAUCAAUCCAGACAAGCAGUGGUUAAUCUUAGAUAUAAUGUAUUUGAAGCCAGCUUCAAAUAAUGGCUUAUGAAGCUGUUGUAUUUUUAAUAUGAUAUCAAGAUUAACCACAGCUUACGCUUACGAUGUUUCAAUAAAAUGUGGUUAAUUAAAAAUGGACUCAAUUGCCACAUCAGAGGAGGAGAGAAGGAAUGGAAGCUCAGCUGACAAACUCAGACCUUGCUUAGGCUUGUUCAUAUAAAUGCAUCUCCAUAGCUCAGCCAUGGACAGUAGAGGGGUCAAUCUCUCUAUGUGUCUGUCGCAGUUGAGCUUAAACCACCAUGCUGCUGCUUCCUUCUUCCUGUCUGGCAACUGGAUAUGUGUGUGUGUUCCACAUUUAAAAUGGAAUGUAUCACAUUGGUACCAAUGGGAGCUUUUGUCCCAGGGUUAAUAGCAUUUUGGGGGAGAUGGGAUUUUUCUUUGGACAGCUCCCUACACACCCAUGUUGGUUUUAGAAAGUUUUCAAGCAUGCAUGUUCAUUGCUAGAAUGCAGUUUAGGUCACAUGAUCUCAUCGGUCUUUGGAGGAUCAAUCUUUUUUAUAAUGUAUUUGGGCAGACCUAUACAUAGUAUGGGAUGUGGGUGGCGCUGUGGGUUAAACCACAGAGCCUACGACUUGCUGAUCAGAAGGUCUGAGGUUCGAAUCCCCGUGACGGGGUGAGCUCCCGUUGCUCGGUCCCUGCUCCUGCCAACCUAGCAGUUCGAAAGCACGUCAAAGUGCAAGUAUAAGAUAAAUAGGUACCGCUCUGGCGGUAGGGUAAAUGGUGUUUCCGUGCACUGCUCUGGUUCGCCAGAAGCAGAGCAGUCAUGUUGGCCACAUGACCCGGAAGCUGUACACCAGCUCCCUCGGCCAGUAAAGUGAGAUGAGCACCGCAACCCCAGAGUCGGCCAUGACUGGACCUAAUGGUCAGGGGUCCCCUUUACCUUUAUACAUGGUAUAUAUUUCUAUGCAUGUGUAUGUAUUUAUUUUUUAGGAUAUUUAGGGAUCACCCUUCGUCCAAAGGAGCUUAGGGUGAAAUACAACAAGCACAAAAGCAAAAUACAGCAAACAUUAAUAAAAGAAUGUAGAAACUAAAUUUUAAAAAGAAAAUCAUGAAAACAAGGAGUUUCACAUUAAGAAUUAAACAGCUCAUUUUAUUAUCAUUUUCAAAUCACAUUCAAGUCACCUUUUAUUUGAUCAUAAAGUCUGCUAGCUGCUGGAGAGUAUGUGUGAUCCUGAGAGGAUCCAACCUUUCUGGAGAUUUGACUUCACACUUGUUGUUAACCCCACCUCCUAACUAAACUUCAUCUUUUCUUGUGCUUCAUAUUCUCUUGAGUUCUGGCUGCCGCGUCAUAAAAGCAUAGCAGCUUUAUAAUCCCAGUUUAUUUUAAAACAGGAUAUCAGAAAGGACUGAGCCUUCCAGACGUCUCAUUCAAAUUUAAUAUUUAAAUGGUGGUGUGUAAGCGGACUCAGGUAGGAGAAGAAAGAAGGAUGUAAAUGUAUUAAAUGCUAUUUUGACUUUUUGUGUACCCAUCUCAAGGGCUAGGAGAAAGAGGUCCACAGUUUUGGUUUUCAUUUUUAAAGAGGUCCACUGUUGUGGGGGAAGAUCAGACCUCCUCUUCCUCUUCCACGAGGCCAGUGUCUGUCUGAUGUUGAGGCACGUUAGGGUUGUUCUGGGUGAGGUUGUAGAUCCACAGUCCUCCUGUUUGCUUGACAUGUUCCCAGAACAGGAGGCAGAUUAUAUGAGCCCCAGAUCCCAGUGAAGCAGAACAGGAAAGAAGAAAAAGGGACCAAGCAGCCCUCCAUCUUCUCUGGCUGCUGACAUGAGCUCAAUAGGGCAUAGGAAAAGGUGGUUUGCCUGCCUUCGGUUCUCCCAUUCCUCCCCCUUUUGAUUUUGUCUGCCUCCACAAAGCCAUCUUACAACAUAGGGGAGUUAUUCACAUUUGCCAGAUGGGGCAGAUUAGUCACAGGGUAGCCUGACAAACUGAUCCACAAAUUGGUUAACAUGGCUUACUUAGGAGUACUAAGCCAAUUACCGAUAAUAGGAUUUAAGAGUCAAUCCCAUCAGUUACUGCACCAGUAAAGAGGAGUUCAAGAUUGGCAAAAAUCUUGGCCACUUUGCUUCAUGACUUCUGGUUUUGGAGCAGACUUUCCCAUGGAUUCAGGAUGAAUGAAACAAUUAAGCUGUGGCAUACACUGGCACACUGCCAUGGCAAAGACACUGUUCUGAGGACCAAACUAGAUGUGCUCUUACUAAGCAGCAGACGGCCAUUUAUCUUGUUUUUCCUUAACUAAAUACAGGCGAUGGGGAACCUGAUUCUCACUAUGAAGGCAACAUGCAGAGGGCAGGGAAGCUUAUCUGUUGACUCUCCCAUUGCACAGAGAACAGAGAUUGGCACCCCAGAUGCACUAGAUGCCCAUUCUUAAGCAGCCUUUAAAAAAAACAUGGGAUGAGGUAGUGAAGAGUUGAGCCUCAUCUCCUUGUGUGCUACCUCUGCAAUAAGAAACAAGAUCCUCCUUGUUUGUUCAGGAGAAACAAGAUACGGAGAGGCCAGCGACAUAUCAAGUGUGGGGUAACUUGCAUGUCAUUCUCAGAGGCCAUCAGUCAACACAAUCAGCUACAAUAGGUCAGACAGAUUUAUGGUAUAGCCUCUGGACAGAUUAUAGGAGAGCUGCAAAACAGCAUGUGUCCGUUUCUGCAUUAAAUAUUCCAUAUUCCUAUUUUCAGAUGAAGAAUGGUGGUUUUUCUUAACUCCUCUGUGGCUGCCAUUGAUUGCUCUGGCUUUGGAAAUGGAAGCUGCCUUGAAAAUCUCAGGUCAGCAAGUGUUCGAGGAGCCAUGUACAUAUCCCUGAGUGGACUCAUUGUUGUCACUAUCUUUGGGAAUUUGGCAAUCAUCGUUUCCAUUUCGCAUUUCAAGCAGCUGCACUCCCCAACUAAUUUCCUCAUCCUUUCCAUGGCAGUUACUGACUUCCUGCUCGGCUUCCUCGUUAUGCCCUACAGCAUGAUCCGAUCCGUAGAGAACUGCUGGUACUUUGGGAUCACCUUCUGCAAAAUCCACUACAGCUUUGACCUGAUGCUCUGCUUGGUUUCCAUUUUCCACCUCUGCUCCAUUGCUGUCGAUCGCUUCUAUGCCAUCUGUUACCCUCUUCACUAUUCAUUGAAAAUGACUAUCCCUACUGUCAGGCAAUUGAUUGUUGUUUGUUGGUCAGUGCCAGCUUCUUUUGCCUUCGGGGUGGUUUUCUCUGAAGCAUAUGCCUCUGGUAUCGAAGACUAUGAGCUUUUAGUUGCAUGUUCUAGUUCUUGCCCGGUGAUGUUUAAUAAACUGUGGGGUGUAGUUCUGUUCUCAUUUGGCUUCUUCAUCCCUGGCUCUGUGAUGAUAGGAAUUUAUGCAAAAAUCUUCCAAGUGUCCAAAAAGCACCUGAGAGUCAUGAAGAGCAGAUCUGAAAAUGUGGGUGAGGAAAAACACAACCAGGUUUCUAAGAGUAAGGACCGGAAAGCGGCUAAGACCUUGAGUAUUGUGAUGGGGGUUUUUCUCUUGUGUUGGCUUCCAUGUUUCUUCACCAUUUUAAUCGACCCUUUUAUAGGGUUUUCCACUCCUGAAGUAUUAUUUGAUGCCUUAACUUGGUUUGCCUACAUCAACUCCAUCUGCAAUCCAUUAAUAUAUGGUUUUUUUUAUCCAUGGUUUCAAAAAGCACUUAGGUACAUCCUCAUAGGAAAUAUCUUCCACUCACAGUCCUGCACUGCUAAGCUGUUCCUUGAAAAUCAAUAA